CUAGGCCCAAUUUGAGAUACAUAUAGCAUGGCGGACAAGUUACAGCACACAGCUGAUACGAUGCCCAAUGAUCUUACGAUUGAUUUGUUAACAAGAAUUACAGAUAAUUUUUCAACGAAGCACCAAAUUGGUCAUGGUGGGUUUGGAACAGUUUACAAGGGAGUACUAGAAAAUGGGGAAGAGAUUGCUGUGAAGAAGCUCGACAUAAUAUCACUUGAUGAUGUGAAAUUUAUGAAUGAAUUUACUAACCUCAUGAGUGUCCGACACAAAAAUAUUGUUCGAUUAGUUGGCUACUGCUGUGAAACAAGACGUAAGCUUGUCCCACACAAUGGCAAGUUGGUUUUGGCUUAUAUGGAGGAAAGAGUUCUCUGCUUCGAAUAUUUGCAGCGUGGAAGCCUUGACAAUUAUCUUUCUGACGAAUCCAGUGGAUUUGAUUGGUGCACACGUUACAACAUAAUUAAGGGGACAUGCGAGGGUGUAAACUAUCUUCACAAUGGACCGCAAGGUCAUAUUUUCCAUCUCGACUUAAAACCUGGCAACAUAUUGUUGGACAAGAACAAUGUGCCGAAAAUUGCAGAUUUCGGGCUGUCAAGGCUAUUUGAGAAAACACUAUCCCAUCAUACAACAAAAGUGGUUAUAGGAACUCCAGGUUACAUGCCCCCGGAAUACAUUGAGAAAAAACAUAUCACGGAGAUGUUUGACGUAUUCAGUCUAGGUGUGAUAAUAAUAGAGAUAAUGGAAGGACCUAAGGCACGGUCAAAACUGCUUGAAAUGCCUUCCCAAGAGUUCAUCGAGCUCGUCCAUGAAAACUGGAGUAGAAGAUUUCAGCAGACAACGCCGACGUAUACAUCUGAGGAAAUAGGUAGUCUUCAACGACAAGUGAAGACAUGUUUAGAAAUGGCGUUACAAUGUGUGGAAGCCGAUCGACACAAAAGGCCUACGAUAGCGGAAGUUGUCAGCAGACUGAAUGAAUUAGAUGCUAUGUUUCAGAGAACGUCACCAUCGCUUUUACCUUCUGAGCUGCCGAUUGAUCCAGCAUCACCUGGAGAUCAGGAGGUUGGAGUUCUUCGUAAGUUUGGCCCUUGGGGUGGGAAAGGAGGGAGCGCUUAUGACAUCGAGGUGCCACCCCACCGUCUGUAUAGUGUGACAAUUUGUAGCGGUGAAAUCAUCGAUUCGCUUGCAUUCUCAUAUAUUGGACCUAAUGGUCAAAGUAUCACUAUUGGUCCUUGGGGUGGAAAUCCUGGCCCUAGUCCUUAUACAAUUCAGCUCGGUCCCUCAGAGUUUCUAUUGGAGGUGUCUGGAACAAUUGGUCGAUUUGCCAAUUCACGUUCUAAUGUUAUAACAUCACUUACACUGGUCACUAAUGAGGACAGAUAUGGCCAUUUUGGAACAGAAAGAGGGGAUCCUUUCUGCACCACACUGCAAACAAAUUGCAGCAUUGUUGGCUUCUUUGCUCGUGCAAGUAGAUACAUGCAUGCAAUUGGUGUCUAUGUGAACACCAACCAACUAAACCUUGCUGUCAGUAGACGACGCUUUAGAACGGAUAAUUUAGGGAAUGCAAACGAAAAGCUUGUCAAGAUUGGGCCCUGGGGUGGAAAUGGAGGAAGGGCUCAUGAUGUCAAUGUGGCACACCACCGUCUGGAAAGCAUAGCAAUUGGCAGUGGCAGCAUCGUCGAUUCACUUGCAUUUUCAUACAUAAAACCUAAUGGAGACAGGCUCACUGUUGGUCCUUGGGGCGGUGCACUUCCAAACCCUUAUACAAUUAACCUGGAUCCUUCAGAAUCUCUGUUGGAUGUUUAUGGAACAAUUGGCCCCUACGUCGAUUCACGUUCUGAUGUUAUAACGUCAAUUACAUUUGUCACCAGCAAGGAUACAUAUGGACCUUAUGGAACAGGAGGAGGGGUUCCUUUCAGUACCCCAGUGAAAGGCAACAGUAGCAUUGUUGGAUUUUUUGGGUAUGCAGGUAGAUACAUGCAUGCGAUAGGCGUCAACGUGGAUGCAGGAGUGGACGAGAACGAUCGGCUUGCAAAGAUUGGGCCAUGGGGCGGAAGCGAAGGAAUUGUUAAGGACAUCAAUGUGGCAGUGGCACCUCACCAUUUAGAAAGCGUGACGAUCUGCAGUGCUGUUGUCAUUGAUUCACUUGCAUUUUCGUACAGUAAAUCCAACGGGCAAAAAUACGAUAUAGGCCCAUGGGGUGGUCCUGGUGGGAUGAGCCAUACAGUUAAGUUCGGCUCUUCUGAGUUCUUGGUGCGAGUUUUUGGAACAAUAGGUCCAUUUCGUGCAUCACGAUGUGUUGUAACAUCUGUUACAUUUGUUACAAAUGUUCGUAGCUAUGGACCUUUUGGUCAAGGAGGAGGGACUCCAUUUGACGUUCCAAUGCAGAGCAACGGAAAAAUUGUUGGCUUCUUUGGUCACGCAAGGUCAUAUGUCGAGGCACUUGGGGUCUACGUUCGCACAUAUUGA